CAAUGACGUCAGACGCAAAAUAGCGUCUCUGUUUUUUUUUUCUCCUCAUUGAUCGCAGGUGUUUCUACCGGCCAUCGGAAAGGAGUUACAGUACAUACUUAGAAUGACACUGGGAGCAGUCGCCUCCUUGAUCCUUGCCAUUGGAGGAGCUGCAGUCUUUUCUGCACUACAUAAGAUUGAAGAAGGACAUGUGGGUGUUUACUACAGAGGUGGAGCUCUGCUGACUGCCACUAGUGGCCCUGGAUUUCAUCUGAUGCUGCCGUUCAUUACUACAUUCAAGUCUGUACAGACAACCCUACAAACAGAUGAAGUGAAGAAUGUUCCAUGCGGCACAGGUGGAGGUGUAAUGAUCUACUUUGAUCGCAUUGAGGUGGUGAACUACCUUGUUCCCUCAGCAGUUUAUGGCAUCGUGAGAAACUUCACAGCAGACUAUGACAAAGCCCUGAUUUUCAAUAAGGUUCACCAUGAGCUGAAUCAGUUCUGUAGUGUUCACACGCUUCAGGAUGUCUACAUUGGUCUGUUUGAUCAAAUAGAUGAGAAUCUUAAGCUGACGCUCCAGGAGGAUCUAACCAGCAUGGCUCCUGGACUCAUCAUUCAGGCGGUCCGUGUUACUAAACCAAACAUUCCAGAAAGCAUACGCAGGAACUAUGAGCUAAUGGAGAGUGAGAGAACAAAGUUACUGAUUGCAGCUCAGACUCAGAAGGUGGUGGAGAAAGAGGCAGAGACAGAGAGGAAAAAGGCUGUCAUUGAGGCAGAGAAGGUGGCUCAGGUGGCUGAAAUCAAAUUUGGACAAAAGGUUAUGGAAAAAGAAACGGAGAAAAAGAUCUCACAAAUUGAAGACAGUGCGUACCUCGCUAGGCAGAAAGCAAAAGCAGAUGCAGAAUUCUACUCAGCGCAGAGAGCAGCGGAGGCCAAUAAGCUCAAGCUGACUCCUGAAUAUCUCCAGCUGAUGAAAUUUAAGGCAAUAGCGGCUAACAGCAAGAUUUACUUUGGAAGUGAGAUCCCUCACAUGUUUAUGGACUCUGGGCCAGGAAGCUCCUCCUCAGCUGCUUCCAAAGCCAUCGACGUGCUCUCAGAGGGGAUGCUGGACUUGGAAUGACAACAGACAGAGCAGAAAGUUGUAGCACUGAGAAUAAAUUAACAGGUAAUGAAAGAGACUAAUGGCCAGUCAUUAGACUACAUUGUGCCAGUCGGUGCAGCUGAAACCACUUUCGUAAAGAAUUAUGAUGCUGUAUUAGCGGGACAGAAACACUACAUGUGCAUCUGCACCCCAGUGACUUGAUCACAAAGCUGGUUCUUUUGGUUGAACAGACGGUUUUUCUUUCUUUUGAAUAGAACAUAUGUGGACAUUUGAAUGUGAAAUAAAUGGAUAUUUUGUCCAAAAAUUAAAAUUCUGUCAUUUACUCAGCCUCAACUUGUUCCAAACCUUUUAUGACAGGGUGUCCGCAAGGUUUAAAAAUGUCUUAAAUUUCAAAAACUAAAUUUUAGGUCUUAAAAAGUCUUAAAUUCAGUUAAAUAUUUUGUUGUAGGUCUUAAAUCAUAAUUUUAAUUUUCCUAUGUCCAAAUAAAGCUGCCCAAUCACCAAUAAUUCUUCUCGAAACUUAUAUGUAUAUAGGUUUUUACUGCAAAAUGAGUCACAACAACUGUUAAACAGCAACUGUUUACAGCAACUUUUCCUAAUUAAAUUCCCUAAGCAGAGAAAGAAAACUAAAGCAACACAUCCGUUUACAUGAUCUUCCAUUAAUACAAGAACUAUUCGAAAAACUUCUUAGUGUUUAGCCCUGUGAAAGUCUAAAAUGUCAUUCAUAAUGUUUUUAAAAGGGUCUUAAAUUUGACUCAAAGAAACCUGCAGAAACCUUGUAUAAGUAUAUUUAGAAGAUUUUUAACAUCCUGAAGUCAUUGGUUUCAGUAGUAUUACAUUUCUUACUAUUGAAGUCAAUAACUAUUGGUUGCCAACAAUUGUCCUUUGUUCAGUGGAAAAAAGAAUCUCAUAAAGGUUUCGAACCACUUGAGGGUUAGUAAAUGCUAAGUACAUUUUUAUUUUUUGGAUUAACUAUACCUUAGAAACUAGUGGCAUGUAUGCACAAGAUUUGUGCAUGUAUUACCAUAAAUCAGCUUCCUAAAAAUAUCUCUUUUUUUAACAUUGAAGGAUUGAUUUAUGUACUUAAAGGAAUAGUUCACCAAAACAAAAAAGCAUGUCGUUGUUUACUCACCUUUGUUUUCUUCUGAUGAACAUAACAUUUAUUUUGAGGAUCUGUAACCAAACCAUUGCUGGUCACCAUCGACUUUCAUAAUACUUUUUCUCUAGUACUGGGGACCAUCAACCUGUUGGGAACAAGUAUUCAGAAUUCAAAAUAUUUUCCUUUGUGUUCAGCAAAAAAAAAAAAAAAAAUUAACUAAAGUUUGGAACCACUUAAGGGUGAGUAAAUGGUGAUUAAAUUUCCAUUUUUUGUUUGAAGUAAGUAUUUAAUAAACCAACUAAAAAGCAUCUUAAAGGCUCUUACUCCUCAGGGAUUCUUUUGUUAUGUUGAAAUGAUUUUUGUUUUCUCAUAAAAGACCCAAUCCCAAUUUAUUUUUUAAUUUAGUUGUCAUUUGUUUUGCAUUUUCACAGACUGUACUUGUUUUUUUCUCCAUUGUUGGAGCUUAGGUAAUUAAAAAAAUUACUACACAGAGCAACUAAAGAUCUUCCAAGAGGUAAAAGUGAGAAGAUGGUUGUAUAAACCUCCAGCAAAAAUCUCGCAUGAAAACAGAUUAGCAAGUAGUUUUUAUUAAAUAUAAAACAUAUUAUUAUAAUUAAGAACUUUGGUGCAGUUUUAGUAUUUUGAACUUCUCCAUCUUAUAGCAAUGCACAGUGCACUAUAUAAUGAGAUUCUCUUUAAUUGGCAGGCAUUUUGUGCCUUAUUUUAGCACUGAUAGAGCAGGGCUGUGAGCUCGUAUCCUUUCCAACUCUUCAGUCACUUUCAUAUUUCAGAGGACUUGAGUGUGGACUGCAUCAGAAAUGAGUCAUUUGACCAUUAAAAAUCAGCAGUCUGUGGGCUGCUUCUCACCCAUGGGAAGAUGAUUCUGCAUUUUAGUUUUUUUUUUUUUUAUCUAGUAAGUCAUGUUUGGAAUUUGUUCCGAGAAAUGUUCCAUUUCCACCAAUAUCCCCUCUCCCAGUGUUUCAAAUUGUUAUGUGUUAAGAUCUUGUACAGUAUCUUUUACUAGUAAACCAUCUGGAUCAAUAGCUUGCCUCCAUUUGUAAUCAGAAUUUAGUUGUGUUAGUUUACAUUUAUAUGUGAGCAAGACUGCAACUUGAAGGAUGAAAAAAGGUUUUCAUCGUUAUAUGUAUAUAGAAUCCAAAAAUUGAGCAGCAUACCUCAUGUCUAAAUGCAUAUAUUGAUGUCUCUUAUGUUACUGUCUUUGAAAGUUGCACAGGAUUUAAUUUAAUAAGGCUUUUUCUGUUUAUUUGAACGCACUGGUGUGCAGACAAAGAACUGAUUUGUUUUAAACAUUGUAGCAGAUUGCUUAAUACUUCAAGACUCAACAAAACUUCCCAAAGACCUUUACUGUUCAUGCCUGGGUUUCACUUUCAGAGUGUUGUCACGUUCACAAUCACAAGAGUCUUUAUUUGAUGUGCAUAACUGUACUUUAAAUUGACUGUGUAUAGGGUUGGUGACUUGUUUAUACAGUAAAGAUGUUUUUCUUAAGUCUUUGUAUCUAAUUUUUAUAACAUAUUCAGGUGACGUGCUCUAAUGCAUGCUUGAUAAAGAUGCGUACUAACAUUCACACUUGUUAAGUAACUAAUCCAUGUAUGUAAAGCCAUGUUUGAGCAGGAUAAUUAUAACAAUCGUCUCAGCACAACAUUGAGUUAAAUAAAUACAAAUGAAAGU